AGACGUACACAUUUUUCACAACGCUGACGCCAUGAUUCCAUGGCAGCGGCGAAGGCUUCUUUAGGAGUCUGUUUUGACCACUGGAAAAUCGCUGAGGCAAAAGCAGCACGGCUGGUGAAUGUGCGGCCACGGAGAGUGUCUUUCAUUGUUGGAAAAAGCCAAAAGUCACUAGGAGCCAGGUCAGUGCUGGGAGUCUCCUAUCUGGACGGGGCGUUCCUGAACGCGACGCAGCCCAUUCCCCCCCGGGAUCAGCUGUACUACUACCCCGUCGCCAAUGGGACGGUCACCAAGCAGCUGAUGACGGACGCUCUGGCGUCCUACCUGUCCACCAUGGACACCGGCACCGGCUACCAGGGGGGGAACUCCGCCAAUGGGGUCCUCCACACCAUGGAACACCUGCAGCAGGGCAUCGACCGCGCAGCCUGGGAAAUAAGCACCGGUGUCAACACCUCGUUCGACUUUGUGCUCCCAGGAAUGACUAGGUGCUACUGGAACUUCACGAAUGCUGUGCUGGGCGGGCUGAAUUCCACAGAAGAGGGUAACGUCCCGCUUGAGAGUGGAUCAGCUGCAGGCUGGGAGAAGGACUUCCCCAUAUGGUCUAUGGACGAGGUGUUCGUCCACCUGCCAGAGAUGGUGACUCCAGAGCUGGAGAGGGUGCGCAGCUGGGCCAUCGACUUCAUCAACGCCGGCAUCGACGCCGCCAUCAGGGAGCUGCCCAGCCUCAUGGAGAAACGCCGCCAGGAGUCGCUGUACCCAAUGGCAUACACGGCACAGCUGCGAGCCUACAACGUCCACAAGGUGUACAACCCGCUGUUCCAGCAGCACUCCAGCUCGGACAUCUACAGCGCCUACGCCGAAGCGCGCGACGAGCUGCUGGCCCUGGAUGUCAUCUCACUUAUCGACAGCAAGAAAGCGAGAAAACUGUAAACACGGCUCUACUGUGACCUGGACAAUAAACAACAGUGAAAAUUA